AUGACCCAAGCAAAAUCACUCACAAUUCUCGUCACCGGAGCCGCGGGAUUCCUAGGCUCAAACCUGGUCGAUUUUCUCCUGGCAGAAGGUCAUCAAGUUAUUGGCGUGGAUAGCUUCCAAACUGGCUCGCCAAAGAACCUGAAACAUCUCGAGGGCCAUGAAAAAUUCACGCUACUCAAUCAAAACAUUCAAUCCCCAAUCGAAGGUUUAGGACACAUUGACCAAAUAUACAACCUGGCGUGUCCAGCCAGUCCAAUCCAAUAUCAGAAAGACCCUGUUUCAACCUUGAGGACCUGUUUCCGCGGCACGGAAAACUUGCUGGAGUUGGCCAAAGAACGGAAUGUUCGGCUCUUGCAUACCAGCACCUCCGAGGUAUACGGUGAUCCGCAUCUUCACCCACAGCCCGAGUCCUAUUGGGGCAAUGUCAACCCUUUUGGACCCCGCUCUUGCUACGAUGAGGGCAAGCGAGUUGCAGAAGCCCUCUGCUAUGCGUAUCGUGAGAAAGGAGUCGAGGUCCGCAUUUCUCGUAUCUUCAACACAUAUGGACCGCGGAUGAACGCGGCUGAUGGUCGGGUUGUCUCCAACUUCAUCGCAGCUGCGCUAGACGGCGAGGAGUUGAGAAUCACCGGCGAUGGCAAAGCAACCAGAUCGUUCCAAUAUGUCACAGACUGUAUCAAGGGACUCUAUACCCUGAUGAACAGCGACUAUGGCGAUGGCCCGGUGAACAUCGGAAACGAUGGGGAGUUUACCAUCCAGGAACUAGCCGACAUAGUAACUGAGCUGGUUUCCAAAGUGACUGGAAAACCCGCAGUGCCUGUAACCUACCAUUCACGUCCGGUAGAUGAUCCUUUGGUUCGCCGUCCUCAGAUCACUUUGGCCAAGGAGAAGUUGGGCUGGGCUCCCAUGGUCCCGUUGCGGGAGGGCUUACAGAAGACAAUCGAGUGGCAUAUUAACGAGAGUUGA